GGUAGUGGAGGUCAGGCGUGCCCCAUGAAACAACUGCGAAAUGUUAAGGACCCGCUUCAAACGUGAAUGCCAUUCAAAACAAACGUGGCACUUAAGAGUCGGCUGUUUUAACAUGCAAUAACACUGAGCUAAGAAAGUGCUCGCAGUGAGAAAAGGCGAGAAGAACGCGAAGGGCGACACCGAAAAGCGACCGUCCGUUUUGUCCUACAAAGGCGCCCAGUUUGACAGUAGCCGGGCCUCAUUUAAGACAAACUGCUGGAGGAGUGGCAGCCAACGAGGGGACUUCAUGAAGCAAUAGACUGUCCUUAACACUGGAGAAAAGCCCCUUUAAACAUGAGGAAGGACGUGAGGAUACUCCUUGUUGGGGAACCCAAAGUGGGGAAGACGUCACUGAUCAUGUCUCUGGUCAGUGAGGAGUUUCCUGAUGAGGUUCCUCUGCGAGCUGAGGAGAUCACCAUCCCGGCAGAUGUCACUCCAGAGAGGGUGCCCACACACAUUGUGGAUUACUCAGAGGCAGAGCAGUCAGAUGAGCAACUAUAUCAAGAAAUAUCUAAAGCAAAUGUUAUCUGCAUAGUGUACUCUGUCAACAACAAGAAGUCAAUUGAAAAGGUGACGAGCCAUUGGAUUCCCCUCAUCAAUGAUAGGAUAGACAAAGACAGCAGGGUGCCAUUGAUACUUGUGGGCAACAAGUCCGACCUGGUGGAGCACAGCAGCAUGGAGACCAUCCUGCCUAUCAUGAAUCAAUACCAGGACAUUGAGACGUGUGUAGAGUGCUCUGCCAAAAAUCUGAAGAACAUCUCAGAGCUGUUCUACUACGCCCAAAAGGCAGUUCUCCACCCAACAGGACCGUUGUACUGUCCAGAAGAGAAGGAGCUAAAGCCUUCUUGCAUUAAGGCUUUAACUAGAAUCUUUAAAGUGUCUGACCUGGACAACGACGGCAUCCUGAACGACAAUGAGCUCAACUUCUUCCAGAGAACGUGUUUCAACACACCACUGGCGUCCCAGGCCUUGGAGGAUGUUAAAAAUGUAGUCAGAAGAAACAUGGCAGAUGGAGUCAAGGACAACGGGCUCACACUAAAAGGCUUCUUGUUCCUGCACACCCUCUUCAUACAGCGUGGGAGACACGAGACCACCUGGACCGUACUCAGGAGGUUUGGUUACGAUGAUGACCUGGAGCUCACGCAGGAAUAUCUGUUUCCCGUAGUCAAGAUCCCUCCUGACUGCACCACAGAGCUGAACCACAACGCUUACCUCUUUCUUCAGAGUGUCUUUGACAAGCACGACAAAGACAGAGAUUGUGCGCUGUCGCCAGAGGAGGUGAAGGACAUGUUCAAAGUAUUUCCCUACAUGCCUUGGGGUCCAGACGUCAACCACACAGUGUGCACUAAUGAACAGGGAUGGAUCACAUACCAGGGAUACCUCUCCCAGUGGACGUUAACGACGUAUCUGGAUGUCCAGCGGAGUUUGGAGUAUUUAGGCUACCUGGGCUACUCCAUCAUCUAUGAGCAGGAGUCUCAAGCAGCUGCCAUCACCGUGACACGAAACAAGCGCAUCGAUCUGCAGAAGAAGCAGACCCAGCGCAACGUCUUCCGCUGCAAUGUCCUGGGGGCCCGAGCCAGCGGGAAGAGUGGCUUCUUACAGGCCUUCCUUGGAAAGAACCUUCAGCGACAGAGGCGGAUUAGAGAAGAUCACAAGUCCCUCUACGCCAUCACCACAACUUAUGUGUACGGUCAAGAGAAGUAUUUGUUGCUUCAUGAGAUGAUGUCAGAUUUUGAGUUCAUGCCCGAGGUGGACCUCGCUUGUGAUGUGGUCUGCCUGGUCUAUGACGUCAACAAUCCGCAUUCUUUUGAAUACUGCGCCAAAAUAUUCAAGCAAUACUUCAUUGACAGCAAGACUCCCUGCGUGGUGAUAGCCGCCAAGUCGGACCUGCACGAAGUGGGUCAGCAAUUCAGCCUUUCGCCACACGAGUUUUGUCGCAAACACAAGCUCCACCCGCCCCAACCGUUCACGUGCAACACGACCGACGCCCCCAGUAAAGACCUCUACACGAGAAUCACCACCAUGGCCAUGUACCCCCACGCCCGUCUCCGCUGCAUGUGCGUCUGCAACAAGUGCACCUAUUGCCUGUGUCAGAACCUCCUCAAGAUGGAGUUGCUGCGCAGCAUUAAGGCCCAGCUGCGCAGGGUCGUUCACAACAGGCACAUGGCGCAAGCGGACCUGAAGAACUCGACGUUCUGGCUGCGGGCCAGCGUGGGUGCCACCGUGUUCGCCGUGCUGGGCUUCGCCAUGUACAGAGCGCUUCUCAAACAACGGUGAUGGGACGGCGGGAGACACUCGCAUCCUAAGCCCUCGUGGUUCUUUUCUAGUCACCUGAAAGACUGGCCAACCAAUCAAGUUACUUCAUGCUUGAUCCCGCCUCAUUCAUCCCCUCAUUGCAAGAAACCAUUUUAUAUGCAUUUAAUCAUGAAAUGUCAGUCCUGUUUUUUUUUUUGGGUGGGGGGAGUAAAAUGCAACUUGUGAUUGCCUACCAGUCACUUGCCAAAUGCUGACAUUAUGUUGGUGUUUGUGGUUUGGUACUUCUCAGGUCAAGUAUUAGUAGAGGCAGCCACAAAGGGACUUGAGUGUGUUAAUAGACAAUAUGCAGUAUAUUAUGGCUGUAGUCCUGAAGAAUUUUAGCAAGGACCAGGUGGCUUCUUUGCCCCACCUGGUGGUGUCCAAACAAACUUCAUUUUAACACUCAUGGAUGUCAUGAAGCUGUUUAUUUUGAUUUAACUUAUUGUGUCAAUCUGUUUGUUUUGAGUGGUUCACAUGCUACAAAUAUAUUUUCCAUGUAUUUUUGUAUUUAGCACAGUCAAAGCUAUUCUUUACUGUUUUUAAUUCAUCUUGGUUUUCAACUAGAGCUUUACUUCUAUAUUGUUAGAUUAACUAUUACUACACCAGUACAUUACCCAAGUGUUUUUCGCCAGUCUCCAAUCUGCCACAACUUUGUGUAUUAUUGGGUCAAAUGGUGGCUUAUUUCACAAAGAAAUGGUUUUAAAUCUCUAAUAAAUCACAU